AUGUUCAUGCAACGCACCGCCAUCGCUGCGGCCCGCCGCGCCGCCCUUCGCCCCGUCGUCGCCCGCUCCUUCACCACCUCCUUUGUCCGCCGUACGCAUUUUGCUCCCGCCCGCCCAAUGGCAAUCCUCGCCCCCGAGGCCGUCGCUGCCGCUUCCCAGACCAAGGUCGGCUCCUACAAGACUCUGAAGGAGGUCAAGACCGAGGACGACCUUUUCGGCCCCGGUGCCCAGCCCGGAACCGUCCCCACCGACCUCGAGCAGGCCACUGGUCUGGAGCGUCUCGAGAUUCUCGGAAAGAUGGAGGGUGUCGACAUCUUCGACAUGCGCCCUCUUGACGCCAGCCGCCUCGGCACGAUGGAGAACCCCGUCAUGGUCCGAUCCGCUGGUGAGGAGCAGUUCGCUGGUUGCACCGGUUUCCCCGCCGACUCCCACAACGUCCACUGGCUCGGCCUCACCAAGGACCGCCCCAUUGAGCGAUGCCCCGAGUGCGGCAGCGUCUACAAGAUGGACUACGUCGGCGCCGAGGAUGACCACCACCACCACCACGCCCCCGAGUUCGAGGAGCCCAAGACCUUCGCCGAUUACAUCAAGCCCGAGUACCGAUACCGAUAA